AGGGUUCAACUGUCCCCUUCCUAAACUCGUGCAAAAGGGAAGGACCCCAGUUCCGAUUUAAUAUUUCAUUCGCUGUUGGUAGUUAAAGUAUCGCUAAUACCGUACCGCACAAGAAGCAUUCGGUCUCAUGUCGCGUAGGACCCAAGCCUGUAGAUCGUUUGGAAGAAGGGUGAACGCAUACUUGUGACUCGCCCUUACUUUCGGUAGCUCCCGUGUGUUAGAAAGGGAACUCGCUUCAUCUCCAUCACAGCCUCACAAAAGGUGGGAGCAUUCGACAUGAGCAACUCCCUCCCAUCGAUCAAACAACACGUGGUUGUAUGAGUGUGGCGCGGAAUCGCAGCUUGCCGCCGAGAAACAAGCGAGUAGUAUUUUUGUUUCCUCGUCCGUGGCCAACCAGUUCCUUGGGAAUACUUUCGGCAAACGGUCGCGUUCGUGCGAACGCCUUACGUUCGAGCCGCCUUGAAGCGCGAUCGGAAAUAACUCACGAUCAAGCAUUAUUCCCGUCGCAACCCGGGAAUCGCUUUGAGUAAACGCGCUUUUGCGCUCUUCGAGUUUUCUGUGACGAAAGAUUUGUAUGCGCGAGUUUUUCAAUUCUUCUUGCUGACGACCGUGGACCGACGGUACUGUUUACGUGAUCAUAAGUUCCGUUGUGUUUCGUGGAUUCAGUUUUUAAGUGCGAAGUGUUUUUAAUUGUGAUAACUAGCUUCAUUCAAGGAUCUUUUCGUGUUUUACCAAAGUUUGUUUAGUUCAAAUUUAAAGUUCCUGUUAAGUGUUACAGAAGAACAACAAAGAUAUCUUCUGCGGCGUUCGCAAAUAGUCGUUAGCCUUUCAUUAGCAUUUGUUGCCUUAGUUUCCUAUCCAUACAGAUUAUUCAGGCGCUUGCGUUAGAAAAUCAAUCGUAAAAGUGUGUUUCGAGAGUUACGGUAAAGGUGUUUGCACUUUCACGCAGAGCAAUAAGUAUUGAUCUCAGCCUCCUUCUCAGGCCACUGCGCAGCAUGCAACUCCUAACAGCAGUACGAGCAAGUUGAUUGCUACAUUAAUGAUAGUGUUUGUUGGUGGCAAUUUUGUUGUUUAUGUUAAUUAAUUUAAUUUCAUCAAAGACCGAUCUGGUGGAGUGGCGAGUAAUCAGGAAUGAUAUGUUGAGAAGAGUAGAUGAGAGUGCAACCAAUGCAAAGAAGUGUUCAGAACCGGCAUCACAUGAAAGUGUUUUUACGUUUUCGGAUGGCACUGUGAAAUGAAUGCUGAGUGUUGUCAGAUUGUUGAAAUGCCGGUUGUUUAUGUGCAGUUUUUAGUGCAUUAAUGCAUGCAAUCGCAAAUAAUAGUGAUCAGUGAAGCUGAUAAUGGCAUCCUUGCAUCCUGAUACAACUACGCUAAUGAAAAUAAUGUCCAACAAUGGACUUCACGGCAGUUGCACACAUGAAGUAGAGUGACUCGUUAUGCAAUAAAUGCAACUAGAUACUCAAACCAAAUAUGUAUUACUGAAAGUAUAUCAGCAUUAAGAUGAUUAGAAGUUGAGGUGAAUUAUUUGUGAUAAAAGUAAACAAAGACUUAAUCUGUGUACAAUAAAACACAAAACUGUUUCAAUCUUGAUAGUCUAAACCGACAGCGAUUUUAAACAUAAUGGAUAUGUCUGGCGCAAAUUCGCUCAACAUGAGACCACUGUUUAGUGGUUAUCCUUUUCAAGGUCAAGGCCGUGUGAACCAGUUGGGAGGAGUAUUUAUCAACGGACGUCCGUUGCCAAAUCACAUUAGGCUGAAAAUCGUCGAGAUGGCCGCUUCUGGGGUGAGACCCUGUGUGAUUUCACGCCAACUGCGCGUUUCUCAUGGAUGUGUAUCUAAAAUCCUAAACCGCUACCAAGAAACCGGUUCAAUUCGUCCCGGAGUAAUAGGGGGAUCUAAACCAAAAGUAGCGACACCGGAAGUGGAAGCUAGAAUCGAAGAUAUGAAAAAAAUGAAUCCAGGAAUUUUCAGCUGGGAAAUACGUGAAAAGUUGAUAAAGACGGCCGGCUCGGACGACCCCAGCGAUAAUAAACAUUCUGGUCAACUAGGACCUGAUGUGGGCUACCGGCAGGAAGGAGUAACGGAUCCUCCCAGUGUUUCUUCAAUAAGCCGACUUCUGAGAGGGGGUGGCGUUGAUCCAGGACGGAAAGACGACGAUGGUCGAAAGGAUUACAGCAUACACGGUAUUCUUGGGGGACGCGGAUCGGACUCUAGCGACACCGAAUCGGAACCGGGAAUACUACUGAAGCGGAAACAACGGCGUUCGAGGACGACGUUCACGAGUGAACAACUGGAAGCACUGGAAAAGGCCUUCACGCGCACGCAAUAUCCGGAUGUGUAUACACGUGAAGAACUGGCCUCCACCACCAACCUUACCGAAGCGCGUAUUCAGGUGUGGUUUAGCAAUCGCCGCGCACGGCUACGCAAGCAUGCUGGAGCACAAAUGUCCACACCGCUCAGUAGCUUGGGCUCUUUGCCAAUGUCGCAAUACCACCCAGGAGUAGCGUCGAACGAUUCAUACCAAAUGGCGGCAGCAGCUAACUAUGAGUUUGUUGCACAAAAUCCAUCGACAUUUACCUCUGGUCACUUCCAGCACGGUCACUUUGGAGGACAAAACUUUUCUACUAACCAUAUGGGCUUCCACCAAAAUAAUCAAGAAUUCCUUCCAUCAGAAUACACCAAAAUGAUGAGUGAAGAGUAUAUUAAGCCGGCGCAUGAAAAUUCCAUCAAAUUAAGCCCCUCUGGUAAUCAGGCUGAAAACUAUGUUAAAGUACCUCCUGCAGCCCCGGUAACAGCAUCUAUUGCGCCACAGGAAACUCCAUGGAGUCAGUCCUAUCCACCACAUCAUCCAGGGCAAGCGUAUGCCACCAAUUUGGUUGGCUGCCCACCACCAGUCACGACAACGACCGCAGCAGAAUAUCACCCAAUGCAGCAAGCACCAACCGCCUAUCCAAACAAAUACUGGUCAUGAUCAGCUAUCGUGAUAUUCGCUACUCUUACGCUCGCAUCGCAAUACAUCAACCAUUAUUGACUAAAAUAUCAUUUAGCCACGAUAAUGUCAAUUCCCACCUCCUUAUUGUCAAAUUGAGAUCCUGACAAGUAGACUAUAUGCAAAGGUUGCCACAUCCUUUCCGAGAACCCGAUUCGGGACGAAUACCAAUUACUUGACAUUAAAGUGAUAGCGUUUGCAUUAGGACUCUCUAGAAUGUAAUUAGCCAAAUUUGGCAAUUUUUAAUUUAUUUUGCCUUUAGAAUAAAGUUGUCUCAUACGUAGGUCCAGCACGGUUGUCCUACUGUACACUUAGGUUUGUAAAGUAAGUUCCAAAUAUUCCUUAUCGCGAUAACAAAAUAAAACCUAGCACACGAAAUGGAAACAAAUAAAUCAUCUGCACCCGACCAGUGUCAUUAAAUGUUUCAUCAUA